GGGGAGAAUGUUCCACGCGCACCGUCACCGCGCGGUGUAGAUUCGGUCUUGUUUUCCCGCUCUGCGGAUUUCCGAGCCCAAUGCCGAGAAUGGCUGGGAUAAUACUCCUGUGAAGUUUGUAGAAGAGGGCAAGAGAAGAAGAGAAAAUGUCCGCCCUCGCCUCCAGCCUGAGUGCCACGACCAGGCUGGGCACGAAGAGUGCGAAACGCUUAGUACAGACACCGGUUCGGCAAGCAGGGAGGUUCAGACCGUUUGUGGAGAAGGAGAUUCCAGUCAAAGAAACCAUGCUCCGGCCAAAGAAAAGAGUUCGCUGUUACCUCUGGGGUGGCACCCUCAGCGGCGCUUUGGGACGAGACAAGUUCGUGCGGCCUUUGGGCGUGACAAUCGAUAGGGUGAGCCACCAUUGCAGCUAUCCGUCCAAGAUUGGCUUCAGUGAGAAUCACAUGAUGAAAGAUAUCGCGUGCGGAUACGGUUUCACUAUAUUCGCCGCUCGUCAUGAUGAAAGACUCAAUGAUUUCGAGCUGUUCGGUACCGGCAUCAACUCCGACUCCCAAUUGGGUAGUCAGAAAGCUGACAAUAAAGCCGAUAUGAGAUUGUUGACCGAACCCGUGCCGAUAAGGUUCCCGACCCACGAGAACGGAAGGCGCAUUCAUGUACGGAAGGUUGCGGCCGGUAGAGCCCAUACCAUUGCGGUCACGGAUCAAGGGAUCGCAUACGGACUAGGCAACAACAGUCUUGGCCAGUGUGGAAGAGAAAUCGAUCCGGACGAGGUUUAUUUCGGAAGAGAUCUGGUUCGACGGAUCAGAGUUCCUGGCAAAGUCGCUGAAGUCGUUUGUGGACUCGAUCAUACACUGUUCCUCACCGAGAGCGGCGAGGUUUACGCCUGCGGCUGGGGCGCCGACGGACAAACCGGUCUUGGACACUAUGGGAACACUGGCGUGCCGCAAAAAGUUCAAGGAGACAUCGAAGGCGUCCGUAUAGUGGAACUCGCCACUCGGGGAGAUUGUUCUCUGGCUGUGAGCUCUUCGGGCGAUGUGUUCGGUUGGGGCAAUAACGAGUACGGACAGCUCUUGGGGGAGAAAGGUGAAUCUCAGCGACAUACACCGAAGCACAUACGCUUCAACAAACGGAUCAAGAAAGUUGCCGCCGGCGGCAGCUCGUGUCUCGCCUCGGAUGAAGAGGGUCGCGUCUACUGUUGGGGCUAUGGAAUUCUGGGUCUAGGACCCGCGGUUGGACACAGUUCUUCGCCGAAGCAGAUACCAGCGGCCCUUUUCGGGGCCACAGAGCUCUCACCGAACACUCGGGUGGUCUCGCUAGCGAGCGGGCUGAAUGAUUUCGCUGCUAUCAACGAUCAGGGUCACUUGUUCACUUGGGGUCGGAACCAAAAUGGAUGCCUUGGGCUCGGACAUGAGAAGAAUCAGAUGUUCCCUCUGAAGGUUAAUAUCGCCGUGAGGGUCGCCAAGGUGUCGAUAGGCGUAGACCACAUGGCUGCGAUAACUCAAUCCUACUGCUGAGGGGAGACGAGACUGCUUUAACGGAAAGCUCUCGUGAAUAUCC